CGUGAACUUCCUGAUUUGGUUCGACCUCAAUAUACGCGAUCGGAGGACAAAAAGAUUUCGUGUUUUAUCGAAAUACAGUGAUGGCGGCCGCACAGAAAGCGAUGAUGAAAAGAGAGUUUUACAGUGAUGCCGAAACAUACUGGAAGAGUGUCCCGGCAACACCAAACGGAAUGUUGGGUGGAUUUGCCGAUUUAUCAACAAAAGAUAUCAGUUCUUCAGAAAGGUUUCUAGAGAAAACGCUUGUGCAAUUGACUGGUAAAAACCGAGCUCAUUGUGCUCUGGAUUGUGGAGCAGGCAUUGGUCGAGUGACUAAGCAUCUUCUAUUGAGGAAAUUUGAUAUUGUUGACAUGGUGGAGUUGAAUCAAAAGUUUCUUGAUCAAGCACGAGACGAGUACUUGAGUGGAGACAAAUCACAAAGAGUUGAAAAAUUUAUUUGUUGCGGACUACAGGAUUUUAUUCCUGACGCAAACCGAUAUGAUGUCAUCUGGGCGCAGUGGGUGCUCGGUCAUCUAACAGACGAACACCUAAUGAGCUUUUUCACACGCUGCAAAGCAGGACUGACUGAAAAUGGCGUGAUUUGCGUCAAGGAAAAUAUAUCACAGGAAGGAAUAGAUUUGGACGAGGAAGAUAGUAGUGUGACUCGACCGGAGAAGGUUUUCCUAAAACUGUUCCGUAAAAGCGGGUUGACUGUCAUUCGAGAAGAAACGCAAGUUGGAUUCCCAGCAGAUAUAUACAAGGUGAAAAUGUAUGCCUUGAAGUGACCUUUGACAUUUCCAAGCAACUAUUAUGGGAUGUCACUUUUAAAAAAUAUGAUCUCAUACCUGACCACAAAGAAGUAUUUGCUUUAUAUGAUGAAUGGUUUAAAGGAACACUUGCCAUAACUGCACAUGUGCGAGUCUUAGCUGAAAUGAACAUUUUAAUACAGAGCAAUUUGUUUUUUAGGACUGUAUGUGCAGGCCUGAUGAAUACAAAAUAAUUGACAAUUAAGAAAGAAAAUGGAUAUGACUGUGAGCUACUUUCACUGCUUUUUACUUUGUUGUGUUUGAAUAAACUGAGUAAUGUACAUGAUGUACGGUAUCAGAAAUAAAACAGAACUGUAAGAAUAU